CGAGCCGGCCGGUGAUGUGAAUUUGUAUGGUGCAAGUCUGAAGAAUGGGGAUACAUCAAGAGACGUUCAAUGAUUUUAACAUAAAUUUCGAGGCAUUAAAUGAAAAUGGCAGUUUCUCAAGUGAUGACAUAAUGACCGGUGAGAUAUCCUUCGUAAUUACGAAAAUAACAAAGAUUAGGUCCAUUACGAUAUCACCAAAUGGGAGAGCCCUUGUUCUUUGGACAAAACGUAAGCGUUCCCGUCGGACGAUAACUGAAAAAACCUAUUCAGCAGAAGUGGAUUUUUUCGAUUUCUGCGCGGUGGUGUUGGAGGAAAACACUGCGGAUGGCCCCACAAUACUUCAACCAGGAACCCAUGUCUACCCCUUCACAUUCAAACUACCAGAAGGCAACUUCCCAUCCACAUUCCAUGGGGUCCAUGGACGUGUGGUCUACUCCCUGAAGGUUGAGAUACGGCGACCAUGGCAUCUAGUCAAGGAGUUUGAAGUGGAAUUUAACUACGCAAAUCACAUUGAUGCCAACCACCCAAAGCUUCUGCAUCCUCUAUCAUGCUCAGAAGAAACGAUGGUGUGUUGUCUAUGGUGUGCCUCGGGCCCCGUCGCCAUGACCGCACGCCUCGACAGGAAGGGCUAUGUCCCAGGGGAAACCAUUAACAUCAUGUGUGAGUUUAGCAACGCUUCAACGAGGAACGCCACACCAACUGCAUCACUCAUGCAGCACGAGAAGUAUUCCACUUUGGCUGGGUCCAGAAAGGUGGAUAACAAAUCUCUAGAUUCAGCAACAGGAGAGCUUGUGAAGAGUGGGAACCUGCAGGCCUACAGUGAAAUGUCGCUGACCAUCCCUGAUACAACCUUUCUCUCCGUCUCCAACUGUUCCAUCAUCGAGGUGGUCUACACUGUGCUGGUGACUCUGUCUAUCAACUGGUCCUCUGACGUCUCGGUAAGCGUCCCCAUUGUGAUAUGUGAUAUUCCGGUUGAUUCACCAGACACUGACGACUUUGAAGACUGUGUGUGAGUAGGAUACGUGGCAGAAACCAAAUCAAGGUCAUGAUAAAACAGCCUUAUUUGGUUCAGUAUUUAUUAGUUUACUUCCAGAAAGCAAAAAACAACAUUUUUAUUUAUUUAUUUUCUAGAUAAUUGCUAAAUAUUAUAGAAUAUUUUCAAUUUCUUCUUGUUUUUGUCCAUAUUGUGAAGUGUUCUAGAUCUGUUCUCAGUAUUAGAUGUACAGUUUUGUUACCAAUGUAGGCAUUACACUAUUUGUGCUUAAUUCCAUAGCAUUGUGUGUCAUUGUUUGAGUUUAUGCAUGGUCAUUGACGUUGUUGUUGCUAAUAACAUAUUGUUGAAAUGAUACAGUAUGCUGUCACAUAUCAUACAAUAUGUGUCAGAUAUUUAGGUAAUAUUAGAUGGUUUUAUGUUAGAGUAGAAUUAUGAAUUGCUUGAUUAGGACAUUUUUGUUGAACGGCUGUAAUUUUGUUUCUAUUGUCAACACUCCUGGUUUAUUAUGCUAUACUUGAAUCUCACUGAUAUUGUGUUCAGUGGGGAUAACCUAUUCAUCGCAAUACACUUUUAACAGCUGAUGUUAGAGAUAUGCUGCUUUUUGUAGUAAUAUUUUUACCAUGUCUAUCUCGGAUAUUUUGUAUUUAUUUAUUUAUUUAUUCGAAGCUACCUCAAACUCAAGUGUUCCUUAAGCUGAAGUUUUCCUGGAUGCCAAUUUUGAAGUUAAUGAGACAUCCUACAGGGACAUUUACAGCGGGGGCACUCAAUCAAGUUACAAAUGAUAAUAAAAUGUGUCACAACGUAGUUCAUGUAGUAUGAAAUGUCAUAGGGAUGUUUACUCACUUUAUCAAUAAAUCAAAUGGGCUUAAGUCAGUAACCUG